GUGUCGGCUACGCCGGCGAGCUGCAUCUGAUUCAUCGUAAUACUCGCUUUCCAACGAUGGAAUUGGCACUGAAACAACCAAAUGGAGUGCUGGCAAUUGCCAUAUUUCUCAAUGAAUCUCAUGACGAAAACCCGGCCAUCACUCCGUUUAUUGAGCUGUUACCGAAUAUCACCUACAAGGGCAACGAGGUCCGUGUCGGACAAUUCAACUUCGCGGCACUCUUUCCAUCUGCAGGUAAAAUUGACAGCCGUUACGUGAAUGCUGUUUUGGUUGAUUGUU